UGCUGCCUAGCUGAUGGAGGCUGAGCAGGGAGGAAGGAGGCGAGCCCCUCUGCUUACGCGUCAGCAUCCCUUCAAAUAGCUGCUGUCACUUCACCGCUGCUGCACGCAAAGACACGGACGACUGUGAGACAGAAAAAAUAACAUUUCAAUCAAAUGUUGCUAAUUUAAUUAAGCAGCUCUUUUCCUGACCGCAAGCAUGACAAACGGAGGGAGUCACUAAACGGAGGCUGGAGCCUGGCCAGGAAGGAUAGCGAUGUUCAAGGCACCUUGUCCCGGGAGUUGUCAUCCUCAAAGCUGGCUGCAAGAGAUAGAAAUGCGCCUAUAAGACACCAGGGGGUCGAGUUUUCCUGAGCAGAGGGUUUUUGUGUGGCAGAGUUUGAGCUCGAGUGGAAGUGAGUAGGUGUGAGAGGGAGCGUGUAUCAUGGCUGACAGCGAAGGGACAAACCUCGAGGACCCUCCCUACAAAAACCUGCUGCUCCUGGGGGCCAUCGCAGCAGCGUCGGCCUUCGUGGUCACCAUCCUCAUCGUCCUCGUCUGUGUGGGGUGUCAAAGAAAAAGCAAGAGCAAGCACCCUUCAGCUGGAGAGAAAGGGACAUCUGUAAAUAUGCAGGGUACCCUUCGACAUCCUAAACUGAACUCCAUGAGCAAAUCGGAUACCAGGCUGCAUGAGAUCAAUCGCUUUCCCUGCAAUGGAAACUCUGUUAGUAAGAGCCGCCCAGCCAGCAUGGACCUCCUGCUACUCCACAGUCGCCGCUCCCAGACAGACCUGAGGCCCUCCCAGGGGCGCCAGCUUCCACAGAUCCCCACUAGCCCUCAGGGGUCCAGCCAGGGCGGAGAAGGGGACAUGGGAGGCGAUGGGGGAGGAGGCGAGGCCAGAGACCACACUUACACUGAGGUGGGCCUGCGGAAUAAUGCCACCCCAACCCAUGGCCUGGAUGACGGGCUGUAUGAGAGUGUCAGUGUUCGGGAAGGUGACACAGGCCCCAAAGCAAUCGCUGCACCACCACCAACAUCAACUAGCACUCCAGCUUCAGUCAGGGCUGCCCAAAGCCCACCUGCUCAGGCCAAUGGAGCCCGCAAUGGGAAUGGAAAUGGUGGCAGAGGAAAUGGCGCUAUUAUUAAUACAAUAGCUGCGAGAGGUAACGGGUCAAGUGGAGCUAACAGGUCCCCCCUGCCCUCAGUCAACUCCCUGGCCACCCAAGAUCCAACCUCAGCAGAGUAUGCUUCAAUACGCAAGUUCAGAAAGGUUGACAAGACAAACAGGAAUAAUAAUGGGGCCGACAGUCAGUCGGACAGCCAGUCGAGUGUGAGCGAUUCACCCUCGGCAGCUCCUCCACAACUACAUCGCAGUCAGGAGUUUCCACGCAAGCCCCUGGAGCCGUUUCACCUGCACUCCUUCCCAAAGGAGCCAGUGUUUAUGGGCAAUGGCGAGCAAUAUAUCUGGAAGCCACCAGAGGAUGAUGAGAUCAUCACCCUGCACCCACCUCCACACCGCAUAGAGAAUGAACAGGGGCACCCAUUGCCCCCAACUGCAAAAGAGAUUGCAGAUACGUACUCCAUCGUGUGCAAAACCCAGAAGAAAAGAACUCCCAUGGAGAACAAUGGAGCAAAGACUCUGCCACGUUCAUUCGGUGGGGAGAAAGGAAAGGGCUGGGGCCGAGGGAUUCAGGCCCAGGCGCGUUCCCAGGAGGAGCCGUGCUAUCAGCCGACGGGAGACAGGGCCUGGCCGGAGUGCGCAGCAGCCGAAUCCGACCCUGCCUACGCUACCAUUGACACCCAUCGUAAGCGUGAGCCGGCGGGCACCAGUAACAACACAGCCGGUGGUACAGCCACACUUAAAAGGAAAAAGCAGCAGGCACCAUCAGCUGCACCUCAGGGCUCGGCAUCCAACCCCCUGCCUGUUAGAGGCCUGCCUGGAGGUGAUAACUUCUAUGAGACCAUCAGUGAUGUGAAAGGAGGCAGUAGCUCCAGCACCACUACCAUUUUCACCUUCAAUGAUGGGAUGGAGAUGUAUGUUACAGGCCUGUAACUGGCUGACAUGCCAAUACGGCCCACAAAGUUCAUGAGAGGGAUCUUCCUGUUAACUUGCCAUGCAUAAGGUUGGAAUACGUAGGUACUAUGUCCUUUUCAGACAAAAAAAAUGACGAUCAAAUUUGUGUUGACAUCAGGUACAAACAGGGUUUUAAGCCAGGUUCAGACUUUGCUUCACAGGUGUGUCGUUCAGAACCAUCCUCAACCCUAAAAGGACCAAAAUGUUCUAAAAAACAAAAGAACAAAACUGGAUUAUACAUCUUUAAACAUUCUGCAUCACUGACCUUACUCAUGUUUUUAUGAGGCAUCAUUGUCCAUCAUAUCUUUAUUUUUGUAUGAACAAUGUUUCUUUGAUGUGGUGUAACUCACAACUUAAGCACAUUUGGUUAUACACACACACACACACACACACACACAUAUGUGUACGUGUGUAUAGAAAAUAUACAUGCAUGCAUUGUGCAAACCACACAGAGCUGUAGCUAUGAUGCUUGCUAUAUUAGGAGAAGGAGGCCACUGUACAACGCAUAAACACAAGUGCACGUGUCUCAUUUUCAGGGUACUUAUGUAAUGUAAGCAGAUGGAUGUCACAGAGAUUUUUGGAGCUCAGCUUAACCUAAGCAAACAUCUGAAACAGGUUCCCUGUGCACAACGACCUGUUGCCUGGCAGGGAGGGUUGUGGUGUUUUGUUCAAACAAGGCCAGUCAUUUGUAGGCCUGCUCAAACUCAAAAGUACAUGAAGGCCACUGUCCUCAUUUCACAAAGCACCAUCAAUGUGCCCUAAAUUUAUUAACCUUUCAGGUUUCAGAAAACUUUAUUUAUCCCCAAAGGGGCAAGUCAUUUGUACUUUACCAGCCAUACAUUCAUCCACCCACAAUCACAACAGACUAAUGACAAACAAUACAAUGAAGUAAAAUGAAGCAAGUCUGGAAUAUCAGCCAUUGCUAUAACAUAAUUUAACACUGCUGUACAAUAACCCCCCAAAAUAAGUACAACAGAUACUAACAACAAUUUAUUGUUUACAAUGGGUUAAGUCUGAGUUUAGUAGCUUAAUAGCAGAAGGGAUGAGAGACACUGAGUACAUUGACUUUUAACGGUUAUCAAUGGAGCCCCCUUAAUAUCUUAUCUGUGUUUGUUUUGGUCAACAAUAUAUAAUCCUCAAGGUAAUUAUGAGAUCAUCUCAAAUUUGACAAACAUCUCUCUGUUGCUGGAGGCAUGAUGACACAUCGCUCUCUCUCGCACACACACACACACACACACACACAUACGCACACAUACUGUACAUUCAUGCAUGCUUGGCAGAAUUUUACAGGGUAAAGUGAUCAGGUCAGGGGCGGUCAGAGGUUUGGGCAAGAGUAAUACGGGUGACAGAUUGUUUCCGUGUAAGUAAGAUACCUUCUAGAAGAAUGCUUUCUUCCAAAAAUAUUUAGAAUAUACAUAUCUCCAAAAAAAGGAUUAUUUCAUUCUUCUUUAUUUUAAAUGUGAUUUUAUGAUCAUUGUGCUAUUGCACUCAAAAUGACUGCAGGAAUGGCUGUCCUUAUUUCUUAUUAAUGUGCUGUAAACGUUCUGUGGUUUGCUCGCUGGCUCCAAGUCAAAGCCAGUGCUCUCCAUAGUUCUCUACAUUUGGUACUUGGAAUAGUAACAGAAAAUUUGGACUCCAAAGAAAACAACCAUGGAGUGUCCUUUGGACGAUUGCCCCUCGCCCUCUCCUCAGCCUGCUUUCUAGCCCCUGCAGCCUCCAUGAUAAACAAUGUCUUUUUCAUGUAGCUUUGGGGAGCAUUAAAAAGAAGGAAUGGUGGACUAAACAAAACCUUAGAAGCGUAAUAAAUGGGUGUAAGGCUGUCAGGCGAAUAGGAAUAGGAGCGAUGAAGGAUAUAGUAGGAUGAUCUCACUGUGAGAGAACCAUGCAAAUGUUUGAAAGUUCAGUAGCAGAGGUUUUGAGUGUUACUGUGUGAGAAAUCAUGUAAAAGCAAAUGCACAAAUGUAUUUAAUUGCACUGUUCGUUUUUUUCUCUGCUUUUGGACAAUGAAUAGCUCAUGCCACUGCCAUGAAACUAGUCUGUGUUGGUGCAAUUUCUUCUGCUUGAUCCAAAAAGUGCAUGCCUUGAUAUAUGGAGAUGAAACAAAUAUUGUGGUACUCUAUUGAUCUCUUGUUUGUAAGUCUUUGGUUGUACUUUUUGCCAUGUAAUGCACAGCAGCAUUUUUUCCAAAGCAGUGACUAAGAGGAGGGGAUGGAAAUCGAAAGCUUGAAGCCACCGGGAGUUUAGGCCUCAGUGUUUAUCCUCUGCAAUGGCGGAGCAAGAAGAAGUGAUAGAGGUGGGGGAGGGAGAAGAGCUAGUAUGAAGCUUGAUGUGGAUCACUGCAAAUGGACACAGACCCCGUGGACCCUCCUCCUCCUGAUAUGUGCUCGUGCACACACAUAUACACACACUGCAACAUUGAGCCAUGUGCGUUUCCAGUUAAGGGGAGGAAGCACAUUUUCACCCCUGACUAUACUCCCUCCCCCAGCUGUGUUCACUCCCCAAUAACGGACACAGAGCUUGCUUUCUCCGUUUUCACCUCUCUCCCUCGCUGUGCAGGGGAGGAGCUCUUGAUGUGCACUUCUGAAGGACUCUGGGAGUGUGGGGUGAACUAGGCCUAGUCUGUAGCAACAAUGCACUGUUGGCCCAACUACUGUCUGAUAUGAGAAAUAGCUGUUUGCAGCUGGGAUGCCUCCCAGACAAUGCUGGCUGGAAACUACUAUCAUGCCUAAUCCUUUUUUCCUGGCUGUCACUUUGUGUCACAUUUUCUUUAUCCCAAAACAAAGCACUGAUCUUGAUCUAUUUGUUGAACAUUGUUGUACACUGAUUGAGACGGAUGUUCGCUGCACAAAUACAGUAUGAAUAUGUAAAUGUGUAAAAUACUGCUGCCGUUAUGAUGUUGUCACAGUGUAAUAUAGAGUAUGCAGUAUACUGUAUUUGUCAUGGGGGGAAAAAACUAUGUUUAUCUCAGACACAUCAUUUGUGGAUGCAAAAUGUUUCCUGCUUUCCAUGCACACACAGAUGUCUUUUGUUAACUGUCUUCAGAUGUAAUUAUGGGCCAAUACUGCUGUGACAGCUGUAGCCAAUGUAUGUUAUCAAAGCACACGAUUUAGUUGGAAAAGAAUAUAUAAAAAUAUAUGGUGUGACAGUGCGGAUAUGCAAAAGAUUGUAAUGUUUUAUAUUAACCUUCAUAAAAUAUUAAAGUGAGUUUUUACUUUUCUAAUAAAGUGGCACAUUAGAAUAAGUGUUUGUCUUUUGCCUAACCAGUCAUCCCUUUGCACCACCAGUGAUCAUGCUGAUAAUUUUGAAUAAAAAAAAAAAAGAAAAAAUAGACAAACUUAAUUGUCUUACUGUUUGCAGGCAUUAAAAAGAAAAAAAUAAUGUUUGGC